AUGGACGACACAUUAACGAGCUACGAGGCGCGUGUGCGACACCGCGCCGUCGCGCAGGACAGGGCUGCGGUCUUCACCACGAAGAGUGUGGAGGAGGCCGCGAACAAACGGCGAGUGGCGACACAGCGUCACCGGAGCUCCAACCCCUGCCCGUCGUCGAUCAUGCAGCGCUCUGAUCUCCCCCUGUAUGACCUGAGUUCGAUCCCCGAGUGGCUGAAGGGUAAUCCAUUCAUCCUCAGCUACUACCGCGCCGGCUACACUACAAAGCAGUGCUUUAAAAGCGUCUUUGCGCUCCACAACGAGACGCUCAGCAUUUGGACGCACCUGCUGGGAUUCCUCACUGUGUUGGUGCUCUCACUCCACAUCCUACUCAGCCUUGGCCUGCACCGCACGCAGGACUAUCUUGUCUUUUCGGUGUUUCAGCUUGGCAGCAUGGUAAUGCUCGGUGGCUCCUCGAUCUACCACACGCUGAGCGCCCACCACUGUGAGCAGGUGCAUAACGUUGCCCUUGCAAUCGACUACUUUGGCAUCACCUCCAUGAUCGUCGGCAGCUUCUACCCUCCCGUCUUCUACCUAUUCUCCUGCCUGACAGUGGUGCGGUCUGUGUACCUCAUCACCAUCACGCUCCUAGGUAUUCUUGGCCUGAUGGGGCCCUUCUUUACCUUCUUCAACACUCAGCAGUUCUACUGGCCACGCAUGGUUCUCUACUCCUCCCUCACCUCCAUCGGCAUUCUUCCCACGAUUCAUAUGUUCUUUGCGCUGCCCACCAACGAGCAGACCUUACCGCUCUACAGGGGUAUGUUUCUCAUGCUGGCCAUCUACAGCGUCGGUAUGGUGAUCUACAUCUUUCAAGUCCCUGAGCGAUGGUACCCUGGUCAGUUCGACGUGUGGCUGCACAGUCACCAGCUAUGGCAUUUCUUUGUGUUGUGCGCUGCAGUGGUGCACUAUUUCACCUGCAUCGGCGCCUUUCAGAUGUGGCGCGUUACGCGCGGAGUGGGCGGUGGGUGCGCGUAA